AGCCAGGACUGAGACGAGAGGAGACAGUUUUCUGAUAGAGCUGCUAACAAAAGUUAUUGAGAAGUUCCACUUAUAGGACAAGGCAGAUAGAAAGAGAGCAAGGAGAAGGAGGGGAGAGAGAGAGACAGAGAGAUAUAGAGGACGACAUUACAUAAUAAAUCGGUAACAUUCGACCGGGACCGGCACUGACUGACACUUAUGCGAACUUAUUAUUAGGGUCGAAUCGACUUUAUAUUGUAUACAGGUUUAACUUUAAGUGAGUCUAAAUUGUUUGUCACACAUCUAGAUACCAAGGGUGUUAUUAGUUGUGUGUUAUUUGUUUAUUUGAAUGACAAACAAGCGUAGAAUUAUGAGACCUCCGAGGCUAGUCGUUUUUUUGGCGCGAAUUUUGUUGACAGGAACGCGCGUGUGUAUAUAUUGAUUUUCCACCUCAGAUUAUUAUUCUCUGAUGUUUCCUAACAUUGGAAAUCAGGAGUGACUUGUACAUCAUUGAUAGAGAGCUCUGCGUUCAAGUCCUCGGUUAAAGCUAUGACUUCAGCCACGCCCCCUUCCUCCCGUAGCCAAUCCCCCCAGAAAGUCUGCCACUCCCAGACACAGACAGAUGUCCUGAAGCCCCUCUUAGGUGGUGGAGGGGGUGGAGCUUCCACAGGAAAUGGCCCCGCGGCUUUGAGACGCCGGCGACGGGUUCUGUCCAAAGAUGGGCGGAGCAACGUUCGCAUCGAACACGUGAGCGGCCGUGGGACGCUUUACCUGCGGGACCUCUGGACCACUUUCCUAGACAUGCAGUGGCGCUACAAGCUUUUCCUGUUUUCGGCCACCUUUGCUGGCACCUGGUUUGUCUUUGGGGUCCUGUGGUACUUAGUGGCCCUCGUGCAUGGAGAUUUACUAGAGUUUGAUCCUCCAUCCAACCAUACGCCAUGUGUCAUGCAGGUUCAGACUCUGACCGGAGCGUUUCUUUUCUCCCUGGAAUCACAAACUACGAUUGGCUAUGGCUUUCGCUGCAUUACUGAGGAAUGUCCACUCGCUAUCAUCCUGCUGAUCGUGCAACUUGUGAUCACAAUGGUGAUGGAGAUCUUCAUCACUGGAACCUUCCUCGCCAAGGUAGCUCGGCCAAAAAAGCGUGGCGAGACGGUGAAGUUCAGUCAGCAUGCCGUGGUAGCCAAUCACGAGGGUCGACCUUGUCUCAUGAUUCGAGUGGCUAAUAUGCGUAAGAGCCUGCUUCUGGGCUGCCAGGUGUCAGGUAAACUGCUGCAGACAUCGCAGACUAAAGAGGGUGAGACUGUGCGUCUGGAUCAGAGGAAUGUAGCCUUCCAAGUGGACACAUCUAGUGACAGUCCCUUUCUUAUCCUACCCCUCACUUUCUACCAUGUGAUAGAUGACAACAGCCCAUUGCGGGCAUGGGCCGCCAAAGGUGGCGGGUGGACUGAUCCGGAGCUGGCUGACUUUGAGCUGCUGGUGAUCAUGAGUGCUACAGUUGAACCGACCUCGGCCACCUGUCAGGUGCGCACCUCCUACCUGCCUGACGAGAUCCUGUGGGGCUACGAGUUCCCGCCCGUCGUCUCCCUCUCACCCUCUGGAAAAUACGUCGCAGACUUCGCUUUCUUUGACAAGGUUGCCAAGACCAAGACUCCACCCCUUUUCAAACAAGCCCCGCCCUCCCAUACACAAACACCACAGCAUCAAGGCAGCGGAGAAAAAGGGGCGGAUACUGAGAAGAUGCGACUGGAGGAGAGUUACCGGGAGGAACGGGGGCGGGACAGAGGGCGUGUCCGAGAUCAGCUUAGCGUGCGCAUCAGUAACGUGUAAUCAGAGAAAAAUAACUUGGAGCUCUGAUGGAGAUAAAUUGCUUGAGUCGAUUCAGCGUUAGCCAACUUUUUUUUUUUUGAUGCCACUGAGCUUACCUGUGUUACAAGGUAGCAUGCCAGCAGAGUUGGCUAGCGCUGAAAUACACUGGCAUACAAGCAUGAAAUGGAGAAGAGGAAGAGAUAGAGCGGCUGUGUUCGGAUUAGUGCACUAGCAUACUUUCCUUGAUUUUUCUGCGGUAUGUUGUGUGUGUGUGUGUGUGUACCUGUGCAGUUUCUCUGCCAAAGAUCAGAUAUGGCAAAACGGUUGGAAAAAUAUGCCUCUGCCUACAUUUGUUUUUGCAAAGACUAAAAUCAAAACAUACAUAGACUACUUUAAAUACUGAAAUACUUGAAAAAUUUGGAGUUUCUGUGGAUAUUUAAAAGUUAUGUGUUUGAGUAAAACAUUAUUCUGAAUACUACUGAUGACAAUACUUUGGCUGACAUUACCAAAUUUUCAGUUAACUGUUUUUGUUAUGUAUAAAAUUCUGUAACAAAAAAAAAAGAAAUGUUUAGACAUGUUUACAUUAAUUUGUAGAUAAAACAAUGCCAAUUUUUGAACCUCAAAAGACGUAAAAAAUACAAUAUUUAGUCAAAUAACCUUCACUUUCAAUAACAGCAAAUGAAAACAUUCGCAAUUCAGACCAACCAUCAUCCUAAAAAUAAAUAAAUAAUCUAAAAUUGGCAAGAAAUGAUAUCAGAUGAUAUAUAAUAAGACAAAUAUUAACAUUUUACUCAAAUCCAUAGCUAAUAAAUCUAGCAGAUCCAGAGAAACUGAGAAUGGCUACACAUGGGUGAAAAGGAUGAGAUUUUCCAUGUUUGGGUAUUAUAUAUGAGCAAUUCCAGCGUUAUGGAUGUGACAUUUGCAGUAAAACUCAAAACACAAAUACACACAGAAAGUAUACAUUAACAUUAUAUUGAAACAAUGGUUUACAUUUUCCAAAACAACUCCCCACAGAGUUAUGGGAUCAGAAAAAUAUCAGUCUGUAAACAUGUUUAAUACUUUAAAUGAGGGAAAUAAACAUGUGUUAUGGAUGUGACAAAUAGUUUGCGAGUUUACAGUAUACAACAUACUCGGUAGAAAUUCUGUGAAUUAAACUGCACAACCCAAAAGAAACAAUGCUAAUCAAAAGAAUAAGAGUUGGAUCACUACAGAACAAAAAUGGUUGAUUUGAUUUGACAUUUUUGCAUUUAUGAGGGAAAAGAUCCGUUAUGCAUGUGACACUUUUCUGUUAUGGAUGUGACAGAUGUAAAAUUUCCACUUGUGUGACGUUGGUGAAUCAAAUAUAAUAGUUUGAAAACACUGACAGACCAUUUAAAGGACUUUAAAAGUACUGUAAAAUACUUGCUUACACAAAAAAAUGUAUACAUACAUACAUACAUACAUACAUACAUACAUACAUACAUACAUACACACACA